CGGUCGAAUACUCAAUACGACUAGCCGCAGAGUCGCAGACCUAUCACCCCAAUGCGACUUGGGUUCUACACUACGUGGGUAAGUGAGCGAUCGAGCUAGUGAGGCGAUGGGUUUGGGAGCAUUGAGGAACGUUUUUCGUCCUCUGGCGAGAACGGUCCUAUCUCGCAGACUGUUGCAAUUUCCGGUUAUUUCUGGUACCCCCGCUACUCCGGCGAUCAAGCCCCGGUGGAUUUUCGGAUCGAUUCAGCAGCACACGACAUGGAUUUCGAGGUCGAAUGAUCUCCAUAGCUUAACAGACACUCGAUUCCCGAAGAGAAGACCUAGUGAUAAACCUCGAAGGAAAAGAGCCAGCUUAAGACCUCCAGGUCCAUAUGCCUGGGUUCAGUACACUCCUGGUGUGCCAAUACCUGUAAGCAGGCCUAAUGAAGGAAGUGUCAAGGGAAGGAAUCAGAAAAAACGCAUGAGGCUGAGGAGAGCGUUUAUAUUGUCGGAGGCAAAGAAAAGAAAAGCCCAGUUGCAAGAAGCCAAAAGGAAGAAAAAUAUCAAGAAGAUAGAGCGUAAGAUGGCAGCAGUUGCAAGAGAAAGAGCAUGGGCUCAGAGAUUAGCAGAGCUGCAGCAACUUGAGGAAGAGAAGAAAAACUCCAUGGCUUGAUUUACUAGGUCAGAAGAGGCCCAUUAGUGAAUGGUGAUGCUGCAAUCCUAUGGCCUGACUUUUAUUGGUUUUAAUUGAAUGUCAAAUCUAACUUUGCUUGGUUAGUAGACUUAAAUUUGUCAUAAGGUCCAUAUGAUUUUGUUUUAUUUUUUGGUAUUCCAGUUCAUCUUUUUUCUGAGAAAGUUGCCAUGUUGGGUAGUAUUUCAUUUUUUUUUUAUCAAUUUGGGUAGUAUUUCAUUUCUUCCAAGAACUUGUUACAGCUUUGGUUAUUUCUAUUGGUAAUUAAAAAAAUUAUGUUAUCUCUGUUAGUAUA